AUGAAGACGAUUGCGUUGCUGAUUGUGUCUGCGGUGGUGGCUGCGUCGGACGUGACGAACGUUGCGGCGGUCCCUCAAGGGGUGGUGUCGGACGUGAAGGAGAGCCAGCAUUUGCGCGAAGGGAAACCGACCGAUGCGCAGAAGAAGGAGUGGGGCCUGUGGGGACUUGGACGUUGGGGACUUGGCGCAGAUUGGGGGUGCGGAUCGCUCGGAUUAGGCCUUGGUUGUGGCGGCGGGUGCUUCUAA